AUGGAGGCUGCCAUUGCGUGCACGACGAGCAGAGCCCUCGCCCCGUUAGUUCGCGGCGGUCCGUCAAGGGCGCCUCGAAGAUCGCUCUUGAAAGGAUCAGCUCGGAAUGACGUCUCUCGAGGCACAUUUUUCGGGGAAAGCUCAGGCCUUGACGCCGGACAACGAUUGGUUCGAACCACGCCGAACCGAAGGAAUCUGACUGUCCGCGCGGCGGGUAACACCUUCGGCACCGCAUUUCGGGUUACCACAUUCGGCGAGUCGCACGGCGGAGGGGUAGGCUGCGUCGUCGACGGUUGCCCUCCGCGCCUGCCGCUCACAGAGAAGGACCUCCAGGUCGACCUGGACAGGCGUCGGCCGGGCCAGUCGCGAAUCACCACACCCCGCAAGGAGACAGACACGUGCCGGAUUCUGUCAGGCACUGCUGAAGGUACGUCGUUAUUGUUCUUUCUUUCCUCCUGUCUCUCCUUACUCCUCUCACUCUCCUCACUCUCCUCACUCUCUUUCGCGUCCCCCUCACUCUCCUCCUCGCCCUCCUCACUCUCCUCCUCGCCCCCCUCACUCUCCCCCUCGCCCUCCUCACUCUCCUCCUCGCCCUCCUCACUCUCCUCGCCCUCCUCACUCUCCUCGCUUCCCUCACUCUUCUCAUUCUCCCUACUCUAUCCACUCUUCUCACCUUCUCAAUCUUCUCAUUUUCCUCACUCACAGAAAUCUUUUCACUCCCCUGUCCCUCCUCACUCACUCGAUUCUCCUGUCUCUACUCCUCACUCUCCUAACUCUCCUCUUCCCUGGUCAUCGUCUGCAGGGGUGACGCUUGGAACGCCAAUCGCGGUUCUCGUGCCAAACCAAGACCAGAGGGGAGGGGACUAUUCUGAAAUUGCAUUGGCCUACCGCCCCUCCCAUGCCGAUGCAACAUACGACUUCAAGUACGGCGUGCGGGCCAUUCAGGGCGGAGGCCGGUCGUCAGCUCGCGAAACUAUUGGCCGAGUGGCGGCUGGUGCAAUUGCCAAGAAGCUUCUCGCCCUCCACUCAGGCACCGAUGUGCUCGCGUUUGUGUCACAAGUGCACCAUGUGGACCUGCCAGAGGAUGCUAUCGACCUCGAUACAGUCACACUGGACCAGGUGGAGGCCAACAUAGUGCGUUGCCCCGAUGCUGCCAUUGCAGAGCGAAUGAUCGAUGCGAUUGACGCUGUGAGGGUGAAGGGUGAUUCGUGUGGCGGCGUGGUCACCUGCGUGGCCAGGAACAUUCCCCGGGGUCUGGGCUCGCCUGUAUUUGACAAGCUGGAAGCCGAGCUAGCCCGUGCCCUCAUGUCUCUUCCAGCCACCAAGGGUUUCGAAAUCGGAAGUGGCUUCUCAGGCACACGCAUGCUAGGCAGCGAGCACAAUGACGAGUUCUACGUUGCCACUGACGGGGCCAUUCGCACGCGCACCAAUCGCUCGGGGGGCAUUCAGGGCGGCAUCUCGAACGGGGAGAACAUUGUGGUGCGCGUGGCGUUCAAACCCACCUCCACCAUCACGAGGAGUCAGCGCACAGUGACUCGCGAGGGAGUGGAGACAGAGCUCAAGGCACGUGGCCGGCACGACCCCUGCGUGGUUCCCAGAGCUGUCCCAAUGGUGGAAGCGAUGGUUGCCUUAGUCCUAGCGGAUCAACUGCUGCAGCACGUGGCUCAGUGCGACCUGCUGCCUGCUGAAGCCCUCGCCCCUGCUGCUGGUGCUGCUGGUGUUACGGGCGGUAACCAGCGGGAAGCUACAGUUAUGGAGCAGUCUGCUAUGUACAGCGAGCAAUGA